CUUAGUCAGCAUUCAAGUCAGCAUGUGAGCCCCAAAUUAACAGGGAGUUAGCGGACUACUAACUAUUAGGUCUACGUUAGGAAAAGAUUUAACAGUUAAGGGCUAAAUUACAAUUAUUCCAGGGGCCACAAUAGAAGAAAAAAAACAUAGUUUAGGGGUCAAAAUGAUUGUCACUCAUAGUUUAUGGGCCAACCAUAGUUAUUUACCAUCUGACUGUUUUUUUAUUUUAUUUUUUGUGUAAUUACUUGUACGCAUUCUGUGUUGUACACAGCCGAAACGUUUCACCAUUACACUUGCUUGCUCAUUUUAUCUUACCUGCUUCUUCCUUCCUUCUAGAGACUGAUAGAUCAGAGAGCCUCCGGAGAAGGAAAGAGUAAGAUUCCAGAAUCCAGAGAGAAGAGAAGAUGUCGUGCCUCGCUUGCAUCCCCAUGUGCUGCGCUUCCCUCACCUGCGGUCUCUGCUCGUCGGUGGCCUCCGGCAUCUCCAAGAAAUCGGCCCGGAUCGCUUACUGCGCUCUCUUCGGCUUCUCCCUCGUCGUGUCCUGGGUUUUCCGUGAAGUUGGCGGCCCCCUCUUGGAGAAAUUCCCCUGGAUUAACUCGUCUGACGGGCAGUCGAAGGAAUGGUUUCAAAUACAAGCGGUGCUACGAGUGAGCCUAGGAAAUUUCCUCUUUUUUGGGAUUCUGGCUCUGAUAAUGAUCGGGGUCAAGGACCAGAAUGAUAAACGUGAUGCUGUGCAUCACGGUGGAUGGAUGGCCAAGAUGGUCGUCUGGCUUGUGCUCGAAGUGCUCAUGUUCUUUGUUCCGAAUAUCGUCGUGACCAUCUACGGGGUUCUGUCGAAAUUCGGAGCAGGGUUGUUUUUGUUGGUUCAAGUGAUUAUGCUACUGGAUUUCACACACAGAUGGAAUGAUGCGUGGGUUGAGAAAGAUGAACAGAAAUGGUAUGUGGCUUUACUUGUUAUAUCGGUUGGAUGCUACCUCGGGGCUUUUGGGCUAUCUGGGAUUCUAUUCAUAUGGUUCAAUCCAUCCGGCAAUGAUUGUGGCCUCAAUGUCUUCUUCAUCAUCAUGACCAUGGUUCUUGCAUUCUCGUUUGCUGUGAUUGCACUUCAUCCCGCGGUGAAUGGAAGCCUUUUGCCGGCUUCAGUGAUAUCAAUUUACUGUGCCUAUGUCUGCUACACGGGUCUAUCAAGCGAACCCCAUGACUAUGCUUGCAAUGGACUCAACAAGUCGAAAGCAGUCUCCAUAGGAACACUUGUUCUUGGAAUGCUCACCACGGUACUUUCUGUGCUAUACUCUGCUCUGCGUGCUGGGUCCUCAACAACUUUCUUCUCCCCAUCUCCACCAUCCUCACCCAGGGCAUCAGCUGGAAGCAAACCUUUGCUUGGAGGAGAUGACGAUGUGGAAGAAGGGAAGGGGAAGGGGAAAGACGAAGCCGAGUCCCGCCCUGUUAGUUACUCCUACUCAUUCUUCCACCUCAUAUUCGCACUUGCUAGCAUGUACUCAGCCAUGCUGCUUUCUGGCUGGACCAGCUCCACCGAGAGUGCGGAUCUCAUCGAUGUUGGUUGGACAUCCGUCUGGGUACGGAUCUUCACCGAGUGGGUCACCGCUGGGCUCUACCUAUGGACUCUUGCAGCCCCGUUGCUUUUCCCUGAUAGAGAGUUCUAUUGAUUAGGUAUAUAUAUGCUGUUGAUAUCUUUGUUUGUGUCCUUAGUAUUUGAAGCCAAUGUAGGUAUAUACGGGAUGUGAAUGAACUCUCAUGUUAUAGGGUAGUAAUGCUUUAUGUGGUGUGAUCAUAUAGGUGUAAAAAGAAGCAUAAGAAACUCAAGCUAAGGCAUAGCCUGGUAUUAGUAUGUCAAUCUUGCUGUUAUAUGUGUUGUAGUUCGGUUUUGUGCUGCUGGCGAAUGAAUGGCAUUAGUUGUUAACCGUAUCUUCACCUGAUUUUUCAUACUGCCGGUGCCAAACAGGCCGGUCAGCCACAGGAAAUAAUGGGAAGUGGAAUGGAUUAUGGUUCUAAUAAUCUUACAGUAGCAUCAUCAAAUAAACUGAGAAUAAGAGGGUACCUUCCAACAGCAGGAUAUAUGAUCAAUCAAGGAGGAUACCGACAUUAGGUAGAAGGAUUGGCCGAGAAGGUGGAGACGUUGGUAGCCAAAUGACCAGAAUCACCCGCCAACAUAAUCCGGAUCGCAGAAGGUUGUCAUGUCGAUGAAGGUCUAGAUUUCGGUGGAGCAAGAAGAAAGGAAAGAGUGAGGAAAAUACCUUCCUUUAUAAAUGAUGGCAAGAGGUUCAUCCGUGUUUUGCAGGAUCCGUCAUGUCUAUUUUAUUAGAAGAGUAAUGUUGUAACUAUCCACGUUUCGGAUGGCUUUCUAAAGAUUCGUCUCAUCGAAACUAAAUUAGUACGUUUUUA